AUGAAAAUGGAGAGGAUUAUGAAUCUGAUGAAGAGGAUGAGGACGAAGAUGAAGAAGAAGACCAAGAGAUGCUGGAAGCUGACCUUGACAAAGAUGAGGCGCUGAGAGCCCAACAAGGGGAGCUCACUGGAGAAAGGUUACUGGCUCAGUUCGCCUUGAUGAAACCUCCCAGCACAGCUGCUCUCAUGAGGAAAAAGCUGGGAGAUGAACCCCUCCAACGGCCAGCCACGCCAGGCUCGAGACGAGCGUUAGAACAAGCCAACAACACCAACAACAACAACGCUGCGGCCACUAACAGUCGCUCUGCAACAAGAUCUGAACAUCGUGGUGCCACGCCCCUCAACUCGAGACCUGCCACUGGAGCGAACAGACCUGGGUCAAAGGACAUGGUGCGACCUCCGACCCGAAGUGGCAGCAGACCAGCCUCACAGGAGAGUGCUUCAAAAUUUGCUGAUGAAUUCCGGCCUGCAAGUCAGAGAAGUGACCGAGCCUACAGGCCGUCAAGCAAAGCUAUGGAAAAAAUUGGUCCUGGAGCAAACGUCAAUGAGUACCGUAGUGCCUUUGGAGCUAAGCCGAAGAUUCCUCGUACACCUGACAUAGGCAACGGCUCCAGCAGGCCCAUGAGUCACGCCUCUAGACGGGGUACACCGAAGGAACUUCCUCCUCAGCCACAGUUUUCAGAGUCAGGGCCACGUCCCAGCUCCGCUGGAAAGACAAGUGCUCCUGGAAGCCCAAGAAAAGGAUCAUCAGCCAGUUCAGGAAAGCCCAAAACACCUAGUCAGAUGUGAGAGUUAUGGAGGGUACUGGAGGUUACAGUCAACAGCCCUUUCCAUUUCAAGACAAGUAUAGACUUCACAACAAACAAUAGAGAUAACUACAUCAUUUGAUGUGCUGUUUAUACAAUACUGCAUUGUUAAAUGGGGAGAGAACAAAUGUUAAGAAAAUUUUUAUUGAUGAGGAGAGAGUCUUGAAAAGGGAAAGUUGAAAGGCGUACAGUGCAAGAAAAGUUUCUUCUUUUUAUUGUGGUGAAGAAUUUGUGUGAACUUUGCUCAACAGAGAGCAACAUAAUACGAAGACUCAUGAUUAAUGGCAUUAAUGUUCUUUCUCUUCCCCUACCUGGUGGCGACCCAUGCCCUUAGUAAUUGUCUUUGUUUUAUUUUUUGUCUUUUUGUUGUUGGGGUUUUUUUGU